AUGUUGGACCCAAUCAAAUGCGAAAGCCAAAGAUGUCAGAGGAUUCCUAUGCUUGUUGAUAAAGUGAAAUUGGAGUACGCGAUCGGAGGAGAAUUCGUUGAUAUCAAGGAAGAGUACGUGGACUUUGGAGCUUGUGCUGGACAUUGUAAAGCUCCAGAUAGAUAUCUUGACUUUCAAACUGUCUCAAGUGGAUAUAAGAAAGCCUGCGUUCCAUCAAGAAAGAAAACGAUACGAGUAAGAAGCUUCAUUACCGACAAAAUCAUCAGUUUAAAGCUGUUAACGAGAGGCUGUAGCUGCGAAAAUGUACAUUUCUGUUAA